AUGUAUCCGCCAAGCAAAGUUCUCUGCCCGGCGUUUCGGCUCCCGUCACGAUUCUCCGCCCCUCGUUUAUGCUUUCAGUACGGUCCUCUACAACGGCGACGACCUACUUCUCUAAAUCAGUUGUGGCGUCGGUUCCAUUGGCAGCGCUCCCCCGCUCCCAUCGUCGACCGCAAUGUACGUCAGUCUCUUGCCGACACCAACUACCUUGUUACGGCCGAGACAUCUGUCAAUAACGUCUUAUGUAUUUCGGACGGGCGUAGCCUACCUCUGGAUUCGCUCCCGUCCAGCGUAGCCUGCCUCCACAGUCGCUCCCUUCACUCCCGUCGGGCGUAG